UAAGAUACUCUUACAAUAGCCAGCUGCUUUUUCUUCGCAUAUUUUCUAGGUAAACCAAUCAAUACCUAAACUUAUUCGUUCUAUCUUGCUCUUUUCUCUUCUCGGGGAGUACUCAACCGAUAAAAACAUGAAGAGAGACCGGUCGGAUGACGAAGAUUUCAUCACGCAUAUAGACAUGGUAAAGACUCUAACGAUGUUAUCUCAUAGUUUUGUGGUCAAGCAAAUCGAUCCUACCGGAAGCAAAAGCAAUGAUAACCGCUUUGAAUGCAAAACGUGUAACCGGAAAUUUGAUUCGUUCCAAGCUCUCGGAGGUCAUAGAGCCAGCCACAAGAAACCUAAGCUGCUGAAUGUUGAGCAAGAACAAGACAAGAUUCGGAACAAUGAGAAUGCUGUGCAUAAGUGUUCAAUCUGCGGACAAAUGUUUGGGACCGGUCAAGCUUUAGGUGGUCACAUGAGAAAGCACAGGGCGAGCAUGAUAAAUGAACAAUCUGUUAUCUCUUCUAUGAUAUAUAGUACCAGUCCGGUUAUGAAUCGAUGCAAUAGCAGCAAGAUGGCUAUGCGCUUGGACCUGAAUCUAACUCCCUUGGAGAAUGAUCUUGUAUAUAUCUUUGCAAAGAAUUUGGUUCCACAGAUUGAUUUGAAGUCUGUAAACUAGUUUUAGUGUGCAUAUACAAAUCCUAUUAGUAAUUUUGUUGUAAUUUCUCUUGCCAAAUAUUAUUUUCAUUCU